AUGGCGGAUAUUGUUUGCUCUCUAGCUUCCAAAGCGGCAGUGUACCUGGUGGCUCCCGUCAGUCGUCAAUGUGGCUACGUGAUAUUCGCCGACAGCUACGUUCGCCAACUUGAGGAAGAACGUGAGAAACUGGAAAAUGAGAGGCGAAGGGUGCAGCAUUUAAUUGAUGAAGCUCGAAACAACAUGAAGCCGACUGAAGCUGUCGUUGAGAAAUGGGUGGCAGACGUGGAGACCAUCGCUAACAAGGCGCGCGACGUGCUGGAAAACGGAAGAGGUCAGAAAACUUGCUUGUGCGGGUGGCUUCCCAACCCAAAGGCACGUUAUCGUCUCGGCAGGGAGGCAAGGACGACAGUCCAGGCAAUCCAGAAACUCAUUCCGGACGGUCGAUUCGAGAGGGUCUUCUAUGAAAGUGCUCCGCCAGGGCUUGUCAUUGUCGCUUCCAGCGUCCAUUCGUCGGCUGGUGAUGGGGGCGACACUAUCACCGAUUCGCGAGCUUCCAUCUUUCAAGACAUAAUGAAAGCUCUGGAUGAUGAGAAGCUCAAAGUCAUUGGGGUGUACGGGCCUGGAGGUGUGGGGAAGACUACGCUGUUGAAGGAAGUUGAGAAGAAACUCAGAGAAGCAGGGAGACCGUUCCGCAUGAUCGUCAAAGUGGAAGUUUCGCAGAUUCCAGACUUGAACAAUAUCAGAGACCAGAUCGCUGACGCCUUGCGUCUGGAUCUGAAGGACAAGCAAAGCCCACAGGGAAAAGCAGAUGUUCUGUCGAAGAGAUUGAAGAGUGAUCCGGAUAAGAAGGUUCUCAUAAUAUUUGACAACCUGUGGGUAAAACUUGAUUUGGAGGCGGUUGGAAUUCCCUGGGAGAAGUGA